AUAAAAUAAAAAAUUCUAAAUAUUAUAGAAAAAUAAUCUUGUGAAUGUUUGAAAAUACUUAUAAUUAAAGUGUUUACUAGCAAAGUAGUGAUUUUUCAUAGUAGUUUAGAAAUUAUUUAUUAUAUUUUUGGUAUUUUUAUGGUUUAACUGGUUACUUUUUUGAUUCCAUAGGUUUAAGUGGUUCUGGCAUUUUCCGAAACAAUUUUAUUUUCAUAAAAAAAUUAAUGAUUACGAUUAUUACGUUAACAUUAAACGUUUUAGUAGCCUUGUGUACGUUAGAAAUCGGGUAGUUAGUUACUAGCAGCAGGUUUCUGCAUUUACUGAAAUAUCUAUCAAGUAAACCACAGCAUAAAAAAUUAAUCAUGUCGCAAGCUGACAAUGAUGAUGAUUCGUUUAUAAUCAUUUUGGGCUCUUCCCCGGGAAGCUUAGAUGGAAAAAGCAAUGGUGCUGUUUUGGAAGUACCAAGUGGAAGUGUCGAGACUCCAAUCCUGGACGAUGUCAUUAAGGAUCUGCCUGAACAAGCAAACAAGGCCUUUAAGGCACAAUUCAGCCUUGGUGAUAGUCCAUCCCCAGCAAGUAUGAUGGUGGCUAGUACUCUAAUUACUGAUGACCGAAGUACAGAAGAACUACAGAAACGGUUUGGAGAACUCUUAGAUGAGAAUGUUGUAUUAAAGGAGACACUGAAGCAAAAUAAUGAUUCUUUGAAGGAGCAGUUUUCAUUGAUUGCGUCAUGCCAGGAUGAUAUGCUCCAAACACAUAAAUUACAUAAAGAGAAAUUUGAUGAAACUAGGGCACUUGUUGAAAAGUUAAGAUUACAGAACCGAAAACUUAAAGAAGAGAUUGUGCUUAUUACUAAAACCAAAGAGAUGUCACUGACUAAUGGUGCUAAGUCGGGUCCAUCAUCAGGAGUAGAAUUUGUGACAUCGCCAGAUGAUGAUACAAUUAAUAAACUAACAGCCCAGUUGGAAUUGGUUGAGAAGCAAAGAAGACAGGUGAUAGUUGACAAUGAAAAACUUACAUGGCAAAGGGAAUCCCUAGAGCAUAUAGUCAAUGCCACUUCCAAGGAAAGGGACGAUUUAAAAGACAAAUUGAAUACUACAGAGUUGUUAUUAUCAAGUAAAGAAAAUAACCACACUGAAGAGUUAAAACAGUUGCAUGGCACAAUUGAAGAGUUGCAAAAAAAGAUGAAAUUUAUGGCUAUGAAUGUUCACAACAACGAAAUACAGAAGAGAGAUGAAGUAAUACAGAUUCUAGAAGGGAAAGUGACGUCACUACUCAACGAUCUGAAAAAGGCACAGAUUACAAUAUUAGAUUUGGAAAAUAUUAAGUUGGAGUUUGCAAAAUACAAAGGUGGGGUCUCCGAUAUGGUGAAGACAUACAAAGAGCAAAUAAUGGAGUUAAAUACCAGAAUAAAAUCUUGCCAGACUAUGGUGUUCCAACCAGUACAUAUGACAAUGAAUUGUGAAGGUGAAGGGUCCCCGAAUUAUGGAGGUUAUCUCGCCAAUGUUAAACUAUACGAUCGCACACUUAAACACAUAGCUGAAUAUCUCAAUAACUUGACAAAUGGCCUGUCAGACGAUCUGGUUAGAACAAUGGGAGUAAUAUCGAGUAUACAGGAUGUUACAUUGGAACGUGCGUCGAUUGAAAAAGUUCGUGCGGGCUUGGCUGACGUGAAACAAGCGAUUUCGAAGCAACACCAUACUGUUCUUCAAAAUAUCGCUCAAUUGAAAGGUACUUUUACAAUAUUCGAAGGAAUAUUCAAGGAUUACAACGAGCUGUUGAAGAAAACAUUGACGAAACGAGAAGAGACCCCUGGCGUGGAGCAAUUAACAGCGGCACUGGUAGCACGAGGGGAAGAAGUUCAAAGCCUGGAAAACGAAAUUGUGAUGCUCGCCGCUCAUAAAGAAGACUGUGAACUUUUGAGGGCUCAAGUUGAAUUGUACAAGAGUGACUUCGAGGCGGAACGUAAAUCGCGUGAAGAAAUGGUCGCUGAGAAAGAGAAAAUUGCGACUGACCUCAGAGUUUUACAGAAAAAGCACGCGGAGAUAUCAAGUCAGUUGGAAGAAGUUCGCAAAAUGAGUCCUAGUAUAUUCAAAACGGCUUCAGCCCGUAUCUCAGCCAACUCAGCCAAAAUUUCGACUCCCCUUGGAUCUAUGGCCGCCAAUACAGCCUCUGUGUCAGCCAUUUCUGGUUCUUCUGAGGGCGUGGUGUACACUUGUCCAAAGUGUAUGUUCUCCACGAAACAGUACAAGGUGUUGGAGGACCAUUUCGACUUCUGCUUAGACGAUUUCUAGUUCGACUCAUGACAUGUAUAGACUAUAGAAAUUCAUUUCUGUACGACCAGUAUUUUCUAUUUUACUUUUAUACCCUGGGGAAAAAUUUAAAGGAUUGUUUAGAUAUGAAUAUAUUAUGUUGAAUGAGGGAAAUGACUUCCAAUUAUUUACUUAUAAAAUAUAUUUUUUAUCGUUGAUUUAAUUGUAUCUGAUAUUAUUUGACAUUAAUAUUUUCCAAAGGUUCUUUUAGUAUAAAAUUUUAUCAACUGAAAUGACAUCGUAUGUAUAAAGUUACAAGGGUAACGUGUGACGUAAGUGUGAUGGUCUUCCGUUUCGGCUAUAGUGCUAAAACAUAUCUGACCCAGUAAAUUGAACAAAUACUUUCAACAUCUACGCCUUGGUUAAACCCCCGAUAUAACGCCACAAACAUAUCGGCUGUAAAUUGCCUUAUUAACUGACGAUCACUACUGGUCAAAUAUGUUAGUAGCAUAAGACAUUCAUAGUUUUAUUCUUAACAUAUAGCGUACACGUGACGAAUAUUAAUGUAAAAUUUAUAACUAAAUAAGGUGCUUAGUGCAUAGCGCCAUCUUGCGUGACUUCCCUUAAGCUAUGAAAAUGUGUAUAGUCAAUAGCACAAAAUAAGUUUGAAAACUGAAAACUACAUGCGACCAGCUUUUAUAUAGUUUUUGUACCUCGCGAUCCCAAGUAAUAUUGGAUAUUAGAACUAUAUUGAAAUUGGGUAAUUCCUUAAUCAGUCUUAUUACACGAUUUGUUUAUUAAAGAGUAGUUGAACCGGUGCAAUGAGACUUAUUAAUUGUUGAUGUUUAUAAUUUUUAAAUAAUUUGUUCAUUUCCUUUACCCAAUAAAUUGUUACCAAUUUCAUUUCUGUGCCAUGUUUCAAAUUUUAUAAACAAAUAACAUUAGUUAUUACUAUUGACGACGCAUUAUGAACUAAGGCUUUGGAUCAUAAAUCAUAUUUAUCGGUCUGUCUCGCUCGCACUUAGAUGUUUUAUGGAAAAACAAUAACCCUUACUCGUAACGACCAAUCAGGAGUCAGAGUGCGUGCGCAGGUGGGUAAGUAUCUAUAACGGGUUGAAUUGCGUGCAUAUUCCUACUGACAUUUAUUGCCCGACGACUGUUUAAUAUGCGUCGACUUUAAUAGUUCAUAAGUUGAACAUGUGAUUAUAUAAAAUAUUAAGAUAAUUUAAUAAUUUUGGUUAUAUAAUUGUUAUAAUUUAAAUGAAAUGUUUCAGCUAAAUAAUAUUAUUGUAUGGCAGUGCUUAAGACGAGAAUAACUUGACGAAAUCGGACCUUAGCUUGCCAACUUCAGGCUUAGCCAUUUCUCUAUAGACAUUUUUGGAUAUAAAAUCUGAAUGUUGAAUAAUAUAAAUCCGUAUUCCAAAGCAUAGCUUAAGAAUCCUAUGUUUCUUGAGUAAAUAUUCUGAAAUACGAUUCUUAUAUGAACAAUCUAUGGUUUAUGUUACUAGAUAUAUAAAAAAAACUAUUAGAAGAUAGAUCUUUGCAUAAUGUUUGUGUUCUGUGAUGUCGCGAAUUUGAAAGAAUGCGCCAAAAAUUUGACAAAAAAAAACGAAUAUUUGGCUAACUUCAUGGCUGUAUGUGAAGUAGGUGCAUAUAAUAGUUUGAAAAUAGAAGAUAAACGACAUUCACGAUAGCCAUGAAGUUAGCGACAAGUUUCUGAUUCAUUUGAUGACUGUACGCGACAUCUGUUGAGCUGUGUGAUUGAAAAGACUGUUUCAUUAUGUAAUAAUUAGAUAACUAUGAUAUCUUUGUAAUUCUAGUUUUUUAAUAAAUAUUCAAACAAUA